AUGGCGACGGUAACCUGUCACUAUGGCACCGGGGGCUGCCAGCCAAUCGGCGAGUUCGAACAGACCAAGUCGCUACGCAACUUGCGGCUCCAGCCAGGCUCUCCCUGCAACGGCCUGAAGGGCUACUGCGACGUGUUCCACAAGUGCCGCGACAUCGAUGAGGAGGGUCCGCUGACCCGGCUCCAGCGUAUCUUCUUCGGGAGCCAGUCGAUCGGCGCCAUCCGGGACUUGAUUACGAAGCAUCCGAUUGUCGCCGGGAUCAUCUUCAUAGUGUUCCUGUCUUUCCUGGUGCUGCUGUUCCGCUGCUUCGCGGUGCACACUCCCACCAGCAACCCCCACAAGAAGCAGGCGCAGAAGCUCAGGAACACCAUGAAACACCCCAUGAAUAUCUUUAAAUAACGUGAAGCCGUAACCGAAAUAAAGGUAUAUA